UUUUAUAGGCCAUCAUAGAUGUUCAAACUCCUUUAACAGUAUGUCCUAUUAUUGCUGAGUUUCAAAGAGUGAUUGAGGAUGUGUGAGUAGAUCAAAAAGUUUAUCCUUCUAUGAUAGGAAACAUAUUUUGGGAAAUGUAUAAAAUGAAACCCAGCCAGAUGCGUUUACUGGUGAUUUUUCUAAACUGCAAGUUGUAUAAACCUGUGGGUCUGAUUCUCCCUCUGUCUUGUGUAGGUAUGGCAUCACAGCUGCAGGUGUUUUCCCCCCCAUCAGUGUCGUCGAGUGCCUUCUGCAGUGCGAAGAAACUGAAAAUAGAGCCCUCUGGCUGGGAUGUUUCUGGACAGAGCAGCAACGACAAAUAUUAUACCCACAGCAAGACCCUCCCAGCCACACAAGGGCAAGCCAACUCGUCUCACCAGGUAGCAAAUUUCAACAUCCCUGCUUAUGACCAGGGCCUUCUCCUCCCAGCCCCUGCCGUGGAGCACAUUGUUGUAACAGCCGCUGACAGCUCAGCCAGUGCUGCUACAUCCACCUUCCAAAGCAGCCAGACCCUGACUCACAGGAGCAACGUUUCUUUGCUUGAGCCAUAUCAAAAAUGUGGACUGAAAAGAAAAAGUGAGGAAGUCGACAGCAACGGUAGCGUGCAGAUCAUAGAAGAACAUCCCCCUCUCAUGCUGCAAAACAGGACUGUGGUGGGUGCUGCUGCCACGACCACCACUGUGACCACGAAGAGUAGCAGUUCCAGCGGAGAAGGGGAUUACCAGCUGGUCCAGCAUGAGAUCCUUUGCUCUAUGACCAACAGCUACGAAGUCCUGGAGUUCCUAGGCCGGGGAACAUUUGGACAGGUGGCCAAGUGCUGGAAGCGGAGCACCAAGGAAAUUGUGGCCAUUAAAAUCUUGAAGAACCACCCCUCCUAUGCCAGACAGGGACAGAUUGAAGUCAGCAUCCUCUCCCGCCUAAGCAGUGAGAAUGCUGAUGAGUAUAAUUUUGUCCGUUCUUACGAGUGCUUUCAGCAUAAGAAUCACACCUGCCUUGUGUUUGAGAUGCUGGAGCAGAACUUAUAUGAUUUUCUAAAGCAGAACAAGUUUAGCCCACUGCCACUCAAGUACAUCAGACCAAUCUUGCAGCAGGUGGCCACCGCCCUGAUGAAGCUCAAGAGCCUUGGUCUGAUUCAUGCUGACCUUAAGCCAGAAAAUAUAAUGCUGGUCGAUCCAGUGCGCCAACCCUACCGAGUGAAGGUCAUUGACUUUGGUUCUGCUAGUCACGUUUCCAAGGCUGUGUGCUCAACCUACUUACAGUCACGUUACUACAGAGCCCCUGAAAUCAUUCUUGGAUUACCAUUUUGUGAAGCUAUUGACAUGUGGUCACUGGGCUGUGUGAUAGCUGAGCUGUUCCUGGGGUGGCCUCUUUACCCCGGUGCUUCGGAGUAUGAUCAGAUUCGUUACAUUUCACAAACACAAGGUCUGCCAGCUGAGUAUCUUCUCAGUGCCGGGACCAAAACAACCAGGUUUUUCAACAGAGAUCCUAAUUUGGGGUACCCACUGUGGAGGCUUAAGACACCCGAAGAACAUGAAUUGGAGACUGGAAUCAAAUCAAAAGAAGCUCGAAAGUACAUUUUUAAUUGUUUAGAUGACAUGGCUCAGGUGAAUAUGUCCACAGACUUAGAAGGAACAGACAUGUUGGCAGAGAAGGCGGAUCGAAGAGAAUACAUUGAUCUGUUAAAAAAAAUGCUAACAAUUGAUGCAGAUAAGAGAAUUACUCCUCUGAAAACUCUGAACCAUCAGUUUGUAACGAUGACUCACCUUCUGGAUUUCCCACAUAGCAAUCAUGUUAAGUCUUGUUUCCAGAACAUGGAGAUCUGCAAGCGGAGGGUUCACAUGUAUGAUACAGUGAGUCAGAUCAAGAGUCCCUUCACGACGCACGUUGCCCCAAAUACAAGCACAAACCUAACGAUGAGCUUCAGCAACCAGCUGAAUACAGUGCACAAUCAGGCCAGUGUGUUAGCGUCCAGUUCUACUGCAGCAGCUGCUACCCUUUCUCUGGCUAAUUCAGACGUCUCACUGCUGAACUACCAGUCGGCUUUGUACCCAUCAUCUGCAGCACCAGUUCCUGGAGUCGCCCAGCAGGGCGUUUCCUUGCAGCCGGGAACCACCCAGAUUUGCACUCAGACAGAUCCAUUCCAACAAACCUUUAUAGUAUGUCCACCUGCUUUUCAAACUGGACUGCAGGCAACAGCAAAGCAUUCUGGAUUCCCUGUGAGGAUGGAUAACGCUGUGCCCAUUGUCCCCCAGGCGCCCGCUGCUCAGCCUCUGCAGAUACAGUCGGGGGUUCUCACGCAGGGAAGCUGUACACCACUAAUGGUCGCAACUCUCCACCCUCAAGUAGCCACCAUCACACCACAGUACGCGGUACCCUUUACUCUGAGCUGCGCAGCCGGCCGGCCGGCGCUGGUUGAACAGACCGCUGCUGUACUGCAGGCUUGGCCCGGAGGAACCCAACAAAUUCUCCUGCCUUCAACUUGGCAACAGUUGCCUGGGGUAGCUCUGCACAACUCUGUCCAGCCCACGGCAGUGAUUCCAGAGGCCAUGGGCAGUGGCCAGCAGCUCGCAGACUGGAGGAAUGCCCACUCGCACGGCAGCCAGUACAGCACUGUCAUGCAGCCGCCGUCCCUGCUCACCAGCCACGUGACACUGGCCACUGCGCAGCCCCUGAAUGUCGGUGUUGCCCAUGUUGUCAGACAACAACAGUCCAGUUCCCUGCCUUCAAAGAAGAACAAGCAGUCUGCUCCAGUCUCUUCUAAGUCGUCUCUGGAUGUUCUGCCUUCUCAAGUCUAUUCUCUGGUUGGGAGCAGCCCCCUCCGCAGCACGUCUUCCUACAAUUCCCUGGUCCCUGUCCAAGAUCAGCAUCAGCCAAUCAUCAUUCCAGAUACUCCCAGCCCUCCUGUGAGUGUCAUCACCAUCCGCAGUGACACCGAUGAGGAAGAGGACAACAAGUACAAGCCUGACAGCUCUGGCCUGAAGGCAAGGUCCAAUGUCAUCAGCUACGUCACUGUCAAUGACUCUCCGGACUCCGACUCUUCCCUGAGCAGCCCAUAUUCCACUGAGACCCUGAGUGCUCUCCGGGGCAAUAGCGGGCCCCUUCUGGAGGGGCCCAGCAGAGGCGUGGGGGACAGUUCGGGCACCCGCACCAUCAUUGUACCUCCACUGAAAACUCAGCUUGGCGACUGCACUGUAGCGACUCAGGCCUCGGGUCUCCUGAGCACCAAGACCAAGCCAGUGGCCUCGGUGAGUGGACAGUCAUCUGGAUGCUGUCUCACCCCCACCGGGUAUCGAGCACAGCGUGGGGGGACCAGCGCAGCACAGCCACUCAACCUCAGCCAGAACCAGCAGUCAUCGUCAGCUCCAACCUCGCAGGAGAGAAGCAGCAACCCUGCCCCCCGCAGGCAGCAGGCGUUUGUGGCCCCGCUCUCCCAAGCCCCCUACGCCUUCCAGCAUGGCAGCCCAAUACACUCGACGGGGCACCCACACCUGGCCCCAGCCCCUGCCCACUUGCCAAGCCAGCCUCACCUGUAUACGUAUGCCGCCCCCACCUCUGCUGCUGCCCUGGGCUCCACCAGCUCCAUUGCUCAUCUCUUCUCCCCCCAGGGCUCCUCCAGGCAUGCUGCAGCCUAUACCACCCACCCCAGCACUCUGGUGCACCAGGUCCCUGUCAGUGUGGGGCCCAGCCUCCUCACCUCUGCCAGUGUGGCCCCUGCUCAGUACCAACACCAGUUUGCCACCCAGUCCUACAUUGGGUCGUCCCGAGGCUCAGCAAUUUACACUGGAUACCCACUGAGUCCUACCAAGAUCAGUCAGUAUUCCUACUUGUAGUUGGUGAGCUUGAGGCAGGAGGGGCCGUGGCUGCCCUUCUUGGCCCUGAGUUCUCCAGAAUGGGCUAUGAUGAGCUCCUCCCUUACUCUCCUUGAAACUCCUUAGCCAGCCACUUGCUCUGCAGGGGCCCGCUGGCGUAGAAGGUUUUUCUCUGGGGAACCUGUCUCAGUGUUGACUGCAUUGUUGUAGUCUCCCAAGUCCACCCUGUUUUUAAUUCUUUAUUUCUGUGACAGCAGUCUUGGUAUUUGGAAGAGUUCAGAUGCCCAUCCUCUGCAGUUACCAAGGAAGAGAGAUCACUCUGAAGUUACCCUUUGAAAAAUAUUUUCUCUUUCUGACUUUAUUUCUAUAAAUACUUUUAAAACAAGUGAAGCCCCUUGUUAUUUAACUUGGUUUUAUUGUAGUUGCUGGUCAGAGGAAAAGUGCUGAUAGAAGGACUUGAAAUUGGUAGUAAGUGAGAAAAGAGCAAUCAUUACUUUUUGCUUGUUUAAAAACCAAGAUUUAAUUGCUUAUUUUAAGAGCAGCUCUCACAAGUCCUUAUUUUACUAUCAGGCACUUUUCCUCAGAAUUUUACUUUUGUUUAUGAGAUAUUUAAACUUACAGUGUUUUAAUUUUGUUUUUAUGUCACAUUAUACCUAAUGGGCAAUCGUUAUUUUUGCAAAGCUGGUUGUGUACUGCUCUGUAUUGCUGUUGGGAUUCUCUCAGUUACUCUGUGUUUAUUACAAAGUAGUGUUAAAAAGGCAGCUCACCAUUUGCUGGCAACCUAGUGCGAGAAUCCAUACCUGCCAUAAGAACACAAAACACCAGGCAUUCUUUUUAAAGAAGCACCAUACGUUCUUUUAAGAUUAUUUUCUGAAAAGUCCUUCUCUGAUUCAGCUUAAAUUUUAUUAUGGAAAAGCCAUGAAGGUGGUUGUUAUUGUAUGGUGGUGGUGGUUUUAUUAUAUGCAAAAUCUCUUUGUAUUAUGCUAUACUGGCAUUGAUGAGCUUUGCCUAAAGAUUAGUAUGAAUUUUCAAUAAUACACCUCUUUUUCUCCUCGCCUCCCCUCUCCCUUCUGUUCUCUGUGAUUUAUUUGGGGGGAAAGCUAAAGAAUCUGAAACCAGAUCAGAACAUUGUGUAUAGCUUUUAUACUUUAGAGUAGCUUCCUUUGUAUGCCAGCAGCAAAUUGAAUGCUCUCUUAUUAAGACUUAUACAAUAAGUGCAUGUAGGAAUUGCAAAAAAUAUUUUAAAAAUUUAUUACUGAAUUUAAAAAUAUUUUAGAAGUUUUGUAAUGGUGGUGUUUUAAUAUUUUGCAUAAUUAAAUAUGUACAUAUUGAUUAGAAAAAUAUAACAAGCAAUUUUUCCUGCUAACCCAAGAUGUUAUUUGUAAUCAGAUGUGUAGUGAUUACACUUGAAUUGUGCAUUUAGUGUGUAUCUGAUCCUCCAGUGUUACCCCGGAGAUGGGAUUGGUGUCUCCAUUGUAUUUAAACCAAAAUGAACUGAUACUUGUCGGAAUGUAUGUGACCUAAUUGCAGUUCUGUUAGAGCAUAUUACUGUAGUGCUGAGAGCGCGGGGCGCCUGCGAGGAGAGGAGACCCUUGGAGUUGUUUUGCACAGGUGUGUCUGGCGAGGAGUUCCGUGUGUCCCCUUCUCCCCUCUCCUCCCUUAUUGUAGUGCCUUAUAUGAUGCUGUAGUGGUUAUAGAGUUUACAGUGAGCUUGCCUUAGGACGGACCAGCAAGCCCCCGUGGACCCUAAGCUGUUCACUGGGAUUCAUCAGAACAGGAUUAGUAGCCGUGUUGUGUAAAUGCGUGGUUCUCACUUUCCCUGCCGACACCGAAAAAUAAAAACAGCAGCUUUCCCCCUUUGCUGCCACCCCGCCCCCUUCCAUUUCGGCGUCUCAGCCGAGCUCUCACGGAGGCCUCUUCCCCGCGGCUCACUGUGCUGCCUGCUGCUGCGAGCACCCGGGAAGCGGGAGAGGAGUCGAGCCAGUAUUUAACAUGCAGUUUUUUCUUUUUUAAAAAGUAUGUGCAAUCACUUUGAGAAUGAGAUUUUUUUCCUUUUCCCAUGUGGCAGUCCUUCCUGCAGAUAGUUGACAUUCCUAGUAAAAUAUUUGCUUGUUGUAAAAACACAUAACAGAUGUGUUUAUACCAAAGAGCCUGUUGUAUUGCUUACCAUGUCCCCAUACUACGAGGAGUUUGUGAUGCCACUAGUGGCAGGGAACUCACAGAAAGGUUGCUUAGCCAGUGAACAAUACCAAGAAGGAACCAGAGCCUGUUGAGUCACUGGGCUUUUGAGGUUUGUUUUUAACAACUUGCAUGUUCUGGGGGCCCUUCAAACUGUGAAAUUGUCCUUGUACUCUCGGCUCCUGCAUGGAUCUGGGUCAAGUAGAGGGUACUGCGGAUGGUGAUGUUCCUGCCGUAAGAGAUUUUGGGGAGGAAGGUUAACCCUGAGAUGCAGAAGUGUUCCAUCUGAACUGAAAACGACAUAGUGGAGGGAUACGUCUAGGACUGGUUCUUUGUGGAGAGGGUGUCAAGGAGGUGCAGGAUGGAGAUGGGAGAUUUCAUGGAGCCCGGGCAGCGGCUCUGCCCCGGGUCAAACACCGAGGAGCUGUCAAGGUAUUUGGAGUUUUUUCUUUGCAAGGAGUAAAGGCUCCCAGGAUGGGGCAAGUGGGUCAGUGCAGCCUUCCAGGAACAUGUCGGCGUUUUCUGUAUAUUUUUAAAUUAUAUUGAGUUGUGUUUCAGCACUGUACUGGUCAAGAUACCCAAGCAGUUAGUAUAGUUUCUGUCACUGGUGUGUUAUAGUGUUCUGGUCAGUGCGUGUGGUCUUUGUGUCUCCUUUUUGCCAAGCACAUUCUGAUUUUCUUGCUCAAAGGCAGAUCUGGUUUCUAAUGGAAGCAUUUUUUGUUCCUUUUCUUUCCUCUACAAGGGGUAGCAAUUGUUUUUUGUAAGAAACGAGAUGCAGGAAAAACAACCAGAAAACACUCUGCUCCUGCCCCCAGUCCAGUAGGUAGAUGCCAUUUAAGAUGCAGGGAAAAGACAGUACCAAGAGCUUGUAUUGUUACCUUAGUCACCUUAUUAGCAUUGUGUGGCUUUAAGGAUUUUAGAGAUUUUCGGUCUUAGUCUGUAAAUUGGCAUUUCGGAUUUACCAAGGUAAAAACCCACCUGUGUCUGCUGAAUGUGUAUGUGCUCAAUGUGGCUUUCGAUUCUGUCCCUGGGGCUUGCCGUCCCUGGCCCUGACAGGAUGGGGGAUGCCCGUGAAUUUAGUGAGCAGCUGGCCUGGAUCAUAGUGGCCUGGCCUCAGACCAGGUUAAGGCUUCGAGCCCUCUCAGGAGUUGCAUUUCCAGCUUCUCCCCUUUAGGUUGAAAGAGGCUGUGGGUAAGGGUUAAGUACAGCUGCUCUAGGCUUACGUUCAUCAGGACACUCCCGAGUUUUUAAUAGCUCCCAAGAGGUCAGUGCUCGGCUAAAAUACCAGCCCCGGGAACAAGAACUCCAUUUCAGACAGUCUGGCCAUCCAUCAUCCUCCAGCAAGGGGCUAUAACCCUGACUGCCCGGGCAGGCAAGCACAGCCCUGUGUGUUUUAUGCAGCAUUAUUAUGCAAAAACCCACUGGUUAGGAUGGUCUGUUUUAAGUUAGGAAAUGAAAUUGCCUCCCAGCAACAGGAAUGGCCCAAGCCUGCUUCCUCUUUUGAUUUUGUUUUUAUCUGAUGGAUGGUGCAGCAUGUCUACUUGGUUGUUUGUUGCUAAACUUUAUAUAAUGUGUGGUUUUGAUUCAGCUUGAAAAAUAAUCUCACUACAUGUAGCAGUACAUUAUAUGUACAUUAUAUGUAAUGUUAGUAUUUCUGCUUUGAAUCCUCGAUAUUGCAAUGGAAUUCCAACUUUAUUCAGUGUAUUUGAUAUGCUAGUUAUUGUGUGCGAUUUAAACUUCUUUUGCUUUCUCCCUUUUCUGGUUGUGCGCUUCCUUUUACAACAAGCCUCUAGCAACAGUUUCUGAGAAUUACUGAGCUAUGUUUGUAAUGCAGAUGUACUUAGGGAGUAUGUAAAAUAAUCAUUUUAACGAAAUAAAUAGAUAUUUAAAAUUUAAUACUAACUAUGGGAAAAGGGUCCAUUGUGUAAAACAUAGUUUAUCUUUGGAUUCAAUGUUUGUCUUUGGUUUUACAAAGUAGCUUGUAUUUUCAGUAUUUUCUACAUAAUAUGGUAAAAUGUAGAGCAAUUGCGAUGCAUCAAUAAAAUGGGUAAAUUUUCUGAUU